CACGUGGCCGGGAGUACGCGGGCGCGCGCGCCUUAUAAAAACGGGUGUUUGUGGGAAGCGCUUUCCCGUGGCCAAAGUAAGAAGCUUGCGCGCACGUUGCACAUACGUGAACCUACCGAGCGCCGAGACGCGCAGCGAGAUCGCGCGAUCGCGGGGUGGGUUGGUGCGGAUCCUCCGAGAAGUAGCUGCAGCAGCCGAACAAAACUUCGAAAAGUCGUAUAAAAAAUAAGUGAUCGAUAAAAAAAAGAGUCUCAUCAAGCAUAUAGGCGUCGAAAAGACAACGCAAAAUAUAUUGGUUAUCUAGCGAAAAAAAAGUAGAUAAACAAAGGGGGAGAAGCCCGAGAAAGAGAGAGAGAGAGAGUUGCUUCUUCCUGUCCUCUGCUGCUGCUACCGCUGCACUGAUGGGAGCUGCAGGCAAGAGCCGCAUAGUGGUCACCAUGUCUCUGGCAUUGCUGGUCGCUCUGCUGGUCCUGCAGAUGACGGCCGUGCUCGCUCGUGCGGACCCCGAGGAAGUUGGCGGCAACGUGGUGGAAGCGCUACGCCUGCUCGAGCAUCUCGACAAGUACUACUCGCAUGUCAACCGGCCCAGGUUCGGAAGAAGCGUUCCGGUCCGGUUCGCGGGCGGCUCGAUGUCGUCUUCGUCUGAUGAGUACGAGAGAUAGCACAGGCAGGCGUCGUCGCCGAGGCACCGGAAACCCAGUCACGCCCUCCUUCAAGAGCACCCGCGGCUACGUCACGUCCGGGCAGCGCCACCGCCGAGUUUCUGGGAGUUCCGAACAACAAAAAAAUCGCAUGGAUGAAGACACAAGCGUCCGCAACGCUGCAGCUGCUCGGAAGAGCAGCCUUCGUUGCUGGUCUUCGUCCUCUUCUGCGUGCUGUGUUGGGUAAACCUCUCGCGAUCACCGAGCUGACGUGGAUCGUGUGGCACGAAUUCCACAGCGCGGUACGCGAGAAAAGAAAA